GUUAUCGAUUAUCAAUUGCAAUUUUAAGUAGUUUUUAAAUAUAGUAGUAGGUGAAAAUAUACUAACUACACUUGUUUAAGUACAUACUUAGUUUGUUAGUUACAUGUGAAGCUAAUAAAAGCGUGUUAAUACGGAAGUGUUUUUCGCCGUGUGAUAAAUUGCCACAUUCGGUUGGAUCUUGUAGACCACCUUCGUAAUUGUAAAGACUGCAAACUCAUAUCAAUCUACAUUGCACCAAAGAACAACAUCGUUCAAGAACACUGAGGUUCUCAGCAAACAUGCAGCUCCAGAUUUUGACGUUACUAUGAACUCUGCUAGAAGAUGCACCCGCUAGUGUACGUGUUGCUGAUCGCGGGGAGUGCGCUGGCGCACUACCGAGGCUACGACGCGCGCAACCUCCUCGAGAACGACGAACCAGAGCGGGACAUCGACGGCAUAGAGAUGGUGGAGUGUCCUGUCUGCAGCCAGUCUGCCAUCAGUUGGCUGGCGUACAGCGAAGAGUGCCCCAUUGUGCGCGCGGGCAAGACUUUCAAGAAAUGCAAAUACGGCGUAUAUAACAAUCCGAAGUGCGGCAACCGACGAGACUGCUAUCGGGGUCCAGAAGAGCAAUGCACGGAAAAGAGGACCCUUGACCACUACGGGCAGCGCUGCGCUCCCGGGUACUACUGCAACCCCACAGUCGGCAAGUGCACAGGCCUCGGAUUCGCACCCAACAGCGAAUACAUCAGGUUGAUCAACCCCAACUUCGAACGCCGAUCUCUCAACUACCCCAUUCGCUCUGACAACAAAUAAAAUAUUUUUUUAAAUAAUACCUAGGAACCUAUAUUUGAUAACCGUCAAAAAAUGAUAGGUAUGUCUAGAAAAGGAUCCCAUUUUCUAAUACAUUCGGCAAGGAAACAAAAUUAGAAGUUACCUAUACCACAAUACAGGAUGUUAGUAACAUCGUAACGAAUACUCAGGGGGAUGAU